AUGGAGGCGGAUUUCGCCGCCUUCGGGAGCCCGCUGUGCGGCGAGGUCAAGCGCUUCUGCCGGCGGGUGCGGGAGACCUACCGCGAGAUCAAGGAGGACCUCACCCCCUACAAGGAUGACCGUUACUACCGGCUAGCACCUAUGCGACUAUAUACACUGUCCAAACGGCACUUUGUUCUGGUCUUUGUAGUAUUCUUUGUUUGUUUUGGUCUGACAGUCUUCAUAGGAAUAGCAGGUCCUAAUGUAAUCGAAACUUCUGUAGCAAGAACUGAUUUAAAUAACAGCCUAAAGCUGAAGCCAUUUAAUUUGAGUUCACCACCACUGUCUACUUACAACCAGCAGCUGUGGCUAACCUGCGUAGUUGAGUUGGAUCAGCCUGAUGUUACAGUAUCCCUCAAAAAGAAUGUUACUAUGACAGUCAAAGUACUUGGAGUGGUGAAGGAUGGAAGUACACCCUAUGUUAAUAAUCAAGUUCACAAUCGGACAAGAUUGCUCAGUUGUUCACAAAAAUGCAGUGAAAUCAUUGUUGCUCACCUUGGCUACUUGAACUACACUCAGUACAACAUAUUUGUUAGCUUUGAAGAUCUAAACAAGUUAACGUACAUCCAGAAUAUUACUUUCACAUGGAAGACCUACAAUCCAACUUUUUCACAAGUGGAAAUAUGGUUCCGAUUUGUCUUUGUAGUUCUUACUUUCAUGGUCACGUGUCUGUUUGCACAUUCCCUGCGGAAAUUCUCCAUGAGAGACUGGGGUAUUGAACAGAAGUGGAUGUCCAUCCUCCUUCCCCUCCUGCUACUUUACAAUGAUCCAUUUUUCCCCCUUUCUUUUCUGGUGAACAGCUGGUUCCCCGGGAUGCUGGAUGAUCUAUUCCAGUCACUGUUUCUGUGUGCAUUGUUACUGUUCUGGCUUUGCGUCUACCAUGGUAUAAGAGUACAGGGGGAAAGGAAGUGCUUAACUUUCUAUCUGCCCAAAUUCUUUAUUGUUGGAUUAUUGUGGCUGGCCUCUGUUACAUUGGGAAUAUGGCAAACUGUUAAUGAAGUACAUGAUCCUACAUAUCAAUACAGAGUUGACACAGGUAACUUCCAGGGAAUGAAAAUCUUCUUCCUUGUGGUGGCAACCACGUACGUUCUCUACCUUCUGUUCCUGAUAGUGAGGGCUUGCUCAGAACUUCGUAACAUGCCUUAUGUUGAUCUCAGGUUAAAAUUCUUGACUGCAUUAACCUUUGUAGUGCUUGUCAUUAGCAUUGUUAUACUGUACCUGCGCUUUGGAGCACAAGUUCUACAGGACAACUUUGUUGCGGAGCUGUCAACUCAUUACCAGAAUUCAGCAGAAUUCUUAUCUUUUUAUGGUUUAUUGAACUUUUAUCUCUACACAUUAGCCUUCGUGUAUUCCCCCUCAAAGAAUGCACUGUAUGAAUCACAGUUGAAAGACAAUCCCGCUUUUUCUAUGCUGAAUGAUUCAGAUGAUGAUGUGAUUUAUGGGAGUGACUAUGAAGAAAUGCCACUUCAGAACGGCCAAGCUAUUAGAGCCAAGUAUAAAGAGGAGUCGGACAGUGAUUGAUUGAUUCUGACAUAGACAGACUUGUUCAGCUGAAAUUAAACCAAUUUUGAAGUUUUCCUAGAUGGACACUUCUUAGCUUCCUUGCAGUCUGCUGUCAAUCUGAACACUGACUCCCAGGAAGGACAUCCUGCUUCUGUUUCUGUUUACAAAGUUUAAACUUGAAAAGGUUGUGGUGAAAACUUCAGAAAUCAAGAUUUUUACCUGUCUUAUAAAAAACGCCUGAUAGCAGGAUGCCUGUGGACUAGUCUAAGAGUCUAUUUCCAUUCAUAAGUAUUACUGAUUAUAUCCUGAUUUUAAAAUUGCUUCCUUGCUGCUUGUUUUUUUUUGGGUUGGUUUGGUUUGAGGGUUAUGUACAGCAUACUGUCAUUGCUCUGUUGCAUUUGUGUUGGCUCCUUUGUAUAUUGUCCAUGUAUGUGCCUCAUUUCGCUUCUGAUUGCCUACCUUAGUCUUUUGAGCUGGAGGCAGGGAAUGAAGUGUCUUAGGGCUUUUUCUCUUUUGUUUGUUUUUUUGUUGUUGUUGUUUUGUUUGAUGCAAGAAAACACAAGCUUUCCAUCUUCAAACUGAUACAGACUUAAGACCAUUUUUGUCAUUCAUUGAAAUGAGUUUACCAGAUUUAUAAGUGCAAGGUAUGUGCAAAUAGUAAAGUCAAGCCAAAUAGCCUCAGUGGUGCAAAACUAUUUGCCUAAUGUAUGUUUUAUAUCAUGUUUUACUGCCACAACAGAACUGUCUGGUUUGGGUUUUGUUUUGCUUUUCUAACUAGCCUGCUCAAAUGGAACUACUUAGGCAGCAACAAAUCCCAGAAGGAAGCCAAUACUCCUCUUUCUGGAUUUUUGUAUGCUGGGGGUGAUUGUAACACUUACAGAGAAUACAGUAUGAAAGCUUCAUAGCGAAUUAAAAUUUGCAA